UUACAAAAGUAAGCUAAUUCGAAACUGUCAAAAGUCGUCUGCUAGUAUCAUAUUGCACAAAAACAAUCCGCAAGUGAGCUCGUGUAUACUCUGUAUCACUGUAAACAAGAUUAUUCGAAAUUAUCAAGAGACAUCGUAAUGUCAGGAAAAGGAGGGAGGAGACAUCGCGGUCAUUAUGAUAAAGACAAGAUCAAUCUCGGCGACAAAGGCAAGGAGGUGGUGGAGAAUAUAGACGAUAACAGUAUCGUAAUACAACAAUUUCGCGGUUAUGCGGCCGAGUUGGAUGCCAAGCACGACCGUUAUGAGAGGAUUUUUAAAAUCAAUCGAGACAUAGGCAUUGAGAGCAAGAGAAUAAUCUUUUUGCUGCACACUAUUGACAAAGAGAGCAAACGAAAUGUCGUGUUAAAGGCGGCUAAGUCAAGACUAGAUAAUAUAGCUCAGACACUAUUCAGAGAUAUUGCAGAUGAGUUGAACGGUCAAGACACUUAUCAGUUCCACAGAGCCUAUCGCGCUUGUCUAGAAGAAUAUGUAGAAGCACUCACAUUCCAUGAAUACUUGCAAAAUGGUGAAAUGCAUAAUUGUACGGAACUCGAAAGAGCACUGACAUAUCACACAACUCCAGCCAACUCGACGGAGCAGAUUAUCACCAGAAAAGUCAUGGUCACGCCGACGGAUUACAUCCUGGGAAUAGCUGAUUUAACUGGAGAAUUGAUGCGGAAGUGUAUCAAUAACUUGGCAAUAGGCGAUAUAAGCAGUUGUUAUCAAACAUGUAACUUUGUCAGAGAGAUAUACAUAGCUUUCCUCGGCUAUACAAGUAUAGCAUUUAGUAAUGAAAUGAACAAAAAAAUCAUCACGCUCAAACAAAGCCUAACUAAAAUGGAGAAUGCAUGUUAUACUAUCAAAGUACGAGGAUCAGAAAUUCCGAAACAUAUGCUGGCCGAUGUGGCUAUUGCGGUUACUGAGGAAUACACCACUGAAGACGAUGAAGGCUAUCAGGCGUUCUAAUAUACGAAAACAAUUCAUAUAUUUAAAUUCAUAUAUUAUUGUUAAUUAUUGUGGACUUAUCAAUCUGCGAGAUAGAAAAUAAUUAAUAUAUAUUUACUUUAAUUAUGAUAUAAAUAAAAAUUAA